AUUUAAUUGUGACUUAAAGUGAAAUAAUUUUUAUUUACACUUAAAAUAAUAUAUAGUUUAAUUUUCUAUAUUGUGGAUAUUUUACGAUCUAAUUACGCUUCAACGUAGUCGGACAUAAAAUAUUGGAAAGUUUCGUCACGUUGAGCAUUACGUAGAGACGUCGCAACUAUGCAACUCAUCAGAGCGCAUUGAGCACGAUGCGAGGUGCAGAGCGGAAGUGUUUUCUCUGUUUAAAACAGUCCUGAUGGUUGAACAUCACGUUUCGGACAUUCAGAAAAUUACAUGCGCGUACGCGGUUUGAUAUAUAUGAAUUACACGACGGAAAUAUUGUGAAAAAGUAGCGUAUGAAAUGGUAAUAUAUCUAACAAAAAGAUGAAAAGCCUCAGCGGCAACUCUCGCAGAAAGGAACAUCGGCGAUAAAUCAAAGCAUUCGUGAUUUCCAGCAAAUACACAAGCAGAUAUUUACGGUGUUCAAUAAGCAAUGACCAACUUUUAACUAUCAUAAAUUAUUAAUUUAAUGAUUAAUAAGUAUAUGUUCUUAUUAAAAUUAUUUAUGCUGUGCUAUUUUUAAAUAUUGUUUGUAAUGCCAUAUAUUGUGCUUUUAAUAUCUAUUUUAUUUUCAACUUUUCUAUGCGCAAGCAAUUUCUCUAACUCUACCCAUUUCUACCUAUUUUUCACUGAUUAGUUAUACCAAUCGGAUAAUAUUACAAUUAAGCUUAUAAAAUAAUUUCCAUAGGUACGAAAGAUUGAAACAACUGCGAGAGACAUGAUCUUCAUUUUAAUAUAUUAACGCAAUUGCUAUUAAGGAGGUUAGAGUUUUAACACGUGUCCGUACAAGUGAAUUUGUGGUUUUUUCAGUAUGAAAUUUUCUUGGAAAUUAAUAAAAAAUCUGAAGUUACGGAAUUUCCCACAGAAACAAUAUCCGCAAUCAGAAUGCGGAGAGAGCUGGGAAUAUAAUUUUAGAAAAUUUAUAUUCAAUUGGGCGGGAUACAACAGAUACGGACUUUACACACACGACCUCAUAUAUUACAAUGAUCCUGUUGUACGUGCAGCACUGCGUCGACUGCCAAAGGAUGUACUGGACGCCAGGAAUUUCAGGAUCAUACGCGCUCUGCAACUAAGUUUCCUGAGGAGAUAUCUACCCAGAGAGAAAUGGGUCACGUACGAGCAGGAUAUAAAGUAUCGAUACCUAAGUCUGUAUAUGAAAGAGAUCGAAGCUGAGCAAGCUGAGAUAAACGAAUUUGAAUACCACAAUUAUGGAGAUAGUGACUGACCGGCUAGUGAAGUAAAAUAAAAAAAGAAUUUUUAUAUAUUAUUAAAUUAAACUGUUACUGUGAAAUUUACUGUUAUAAGUUAAUUCCAUAUGGCUUUUGUGAAGCAAAGAGAUUCUGAACAAAAAUAAAAUAAAAAGAUUAAAAAUUAAUAUUUUUUAUAUUAUUUAAAAAGUUUCAAAGAAUGUAGGCACCGUCAAAAAGCCAAUUAUAAAUAAUGCAAUGCAUACACGCAAGUUUUCCAAAUAGCAUUAGAAAUAUAAUAUUCUAUUAAAUAAACAUAUAUGUUUGAGAAGAGAUUAACGUGCAAUAAAUUAAAGUGUUUUAUUUUGUUGUGAUAUAUCUUUUGUAUUUUGUUACUUGCAAAUUUAACCUCAAUUAUUACU